AUGGCGACGUUGGCGUGGUUUCUAGCGGUAGCUCUGCUAUUGACAGCGGUGGCUGGCCGAAAUUUAAAACCACCACCGCGAGAGGAUCGGACGGAACUGUCGGAUCCCGUCCGGGUUCCGCGACGAGUGGAAUCCCUCGUCCCGUUGCUGCGCGACGAUUCCCAGGUCCCGCGACGACAACUUUCCAGCGUCAACGAUCGCAAAUACCCACGGAAACGGCAAUUGCCGAUCGGGGCCAAUUUCCAAUCGUUCGCGUUAAACGGCCAACCUCGCGCGCCGUUGCACACAGCCACCUUCGACCCCACCACCAACACCACCACCAUCGUAACUCGCAUCAACGAGGUCGCGAAGCGGAUCGAGCCUCGAAUCUCGUCCGGCUCGUCCCACGUCGUUUUCGCAACGCCUCGGAGGAGCCACGGCUUCGAGCACUCGUUCCUCCACGGCCAUCAUCACUCCCAUCAUCACGGCCACCACUCGCACCACGACCAUCGGGCCAAGCACAAGCACGAGCACGGCCACGACCACCACGAGGAGCACAAGCAUCACCACGGCCACGAGCACAAGCACGAGCACGGCCACAAGCACGAGCACAAGCAUCACGGGAACCACCAUCAUCACCACGGGCAUCAGCAUCACUCGAAACACGAGCAUCACGAGGAGCACAAGCACCACGCCGAGCAUCACCACCAUCACAAGCACCACCAUCACAACGAGCACCACCACCACCACGAGCAUCACCACGUCAACGAGCACCACCACCACCACAGCCACAAGGAGACCGAGAAUCACCACCACCAUCACGGCCACGAUCACCAGGAGCAGCACAAACACGGCCACAAGGAGGAGCACAAGCAUCACCACGGCCACGAGCACAAGCACGGCCACCACGAGGAUCACCAUCACGCCCACCACCAGGAUCACCAGCACAAACACGGACACGAGCACAAGCACCACCACCAUCAGGAGCAUCAGCACAAACACGGGCACGAGCACAAGCACGGGCACCACGAGGAGCACCACCACGGGCAUCACGAGGAUCACAAGCACAAGCACGACGAGGAGCACGAGCACAAGCACGGGCACGAGCACAAGCACGGGCACAAGGAGGAGCACCACCACGGACAUCACGAGGAUCACCAUCACUCCCAUCACCACGAUCACAAGCAUCACCACCACGAGGAGCACAAGCACGGGCACGAGCACAAACACCGGCACGACCAUCACGAGGGCCACCAUCAUCACGAGCACCACAAACACCACGCGUCUCACGAGCACAAGCACGGCCAUUCGCACGAGGAACGUCACAAGCAUUUCGACGAGCAUAGUCACGAGCAUCGCCACGAGAAUGGGCACAAACACGCGGAAGCCCACCUCCACUCCGGCUACGAGCAACACUACAAGCAGGGACCGGGCCAUUUCUUCGACGCCUCGCAGAAUCACGAGGAGUACGUGUUUCCGGAGGAGAGCGAGACGGUGGUGGUAACGCCCCAGGUCGAGGAUAUCCUUAAAAUUAAGAAGGGAGCGGAGGGAGCGGAGAGUACGACCGAAGAAGCUACGACGACGGAUGAUCGAGCGUGAUCGUUCCGUGUCGGAAUCGUUUCGA